UUUGGCAAAGGGCACUUAGAAGUCGGCAAGAAAGUGAGUAGACAUGGAUAUCGCGAACAGACUGGAGAGCAUUGAGCAAGAAAUCCGUCAGGUAGAAAACGAGAAGCUCCAAUGCGAGCAAAGGCUGGGUCUGUUCUGGGAACAUUUCCCUGCUAUAGAUCCCAUUAUCAUACAAUCUCAUAUGCUUUCUCUAAAAAACCAAAUACGCUCUCUCGAAAACAGGAAGAGGGCGCUCCUAAAAGAACAGCAAGAGCUCAUUGUGCGGGCUGUCGUCACCCACCGGGGGAACUAGAAGACUCCGUCGACUCUUUCUAGAAUAUUCCAAUAAAUAAGUAGUCCGUCGACGCAAAGUAGUGUGUUUUAAUGCAUGGCUUUCUUUGUUAUGUUUCAUGUUGUUCUAUGUCUUUUGUUCACUUAAUAUGUUGUUAGUUAACUUUGUAAUGUUGUGUUUAGUUGUGUGGCUAGUCUAUGUGUGUGUAAGCUUCCUAUUGGAUGGACUCCCAUGUAUAAAAACUUGCUUGUAGUGCUGGAAUGAAAAAAAUCUGCUCUGUUCUGAAGGACACCUUUUCAUUCUGAUUCUAUAAGGAAUUCGAAAGAGUCGGUCUCAUUGAUUGAGCAUCUCCGAGAUAGAUAAGUUUCCGUUUACUAUGUUUACAAUAAAAGGUGCUUUCAUAUUUGAAAACUAAUGCCACAUCUUCCUCAAACAAGAGGGUACUGAUUAACGCCCUCCAGGAGCUCCUACUCCUAUUCCCUAAAGCGACUUCUUGCUAUUCUUAUUUCCUACAGAUACUUACUCUUCGAUUGCAACGCCGAUUUCUGUUACGCUUUCUUUUCUUAUGUCUGUUGCCUACCUUCGGGUAUCCCAGCUAACACGAGGAAAGUAGGUCUUUUUGGUAUCAAUCAUUCUCUAUCUGUCUUUCCUUCUGCCUUUGCUACCGACAGGGUCUUCCCUUCGAUUCUAAAGAAUUUAUUAAGUUAGUUAGAUAGUCGACUCUUUGUUUUUCAUCUUAGCCUGUCAAUCCAAUUCUAUCCCUGCGAGCAGGAAGAAAGACGGCAGAGAAAGUUUCUUUAUUAUAAUAAGAUAUUGAUUCAAUC